AUGAUGGGCGAACGACACCAAGAUCCUUUGGUGACAAACCAAAAACUUCCAAAAAUCAAUGUGCGAGUAACAUCAAUGGACUCCGAAUUGGAGUUCGCCAUUCAAUCCAGCACCACGGGCAAACAGCUUUUCGAUCAGGUUGUUAAAACCAUAGGACUCAGAGAGAUCUGGUAUUUUGGACUGCAAUACACCGACAAUAAAGGGUUCCCAACGUGGCUCAAGUUGAACAAAAAAGUAAUGUCACAAGACGUGAAGAAGGAGCCGACACUUCACUUCAAAUUUCGCGCCAAAUUCUAUCCAGAAGACGUCGCCGAGGAGAUUAUUCAGGAUGUGACUAUGCGACUCUUCUUCUUGCAAGUCAAAGAAGGCAUUCUGUCAGAUGAGAUCUACUGUCCGCCAGAAUCGUCGGUUCUUCUCGCCUCGUACGCGAUGCAGGUCAAAUAUGGCGAUUACAUUCCGGAAACGCAUGUUCCUGGCUGCCUGACGGCCGAUCGGCUCCUUCCGCAACGCGUGCUUGGCCAGUUCAAAUUGAACACUGAGGAAUGGGAGCGGCGAAUUAUGACAUGGUGGGCGGAUCAUAAAGGAACAUCAAGAGAGCAGGCGAUGCUCGAGUAUCUCAAAAUUGCUCAAGAUCUCGAAAUGUACGGAGUUAAUUAUUUUGAAAUUCGCAACAAGAAGGGGACCGACUUGUAUCUUGGCGUUGAUGCGCUUGGUUUGAACAUCUACGAUAAAACUGAUCGUCUUUCUCCAAAGGUUGGAUUCCCUUGGUCGGAAAUUCGCAAUAUUUCUUUCAACGAUAAGAAGUUUGUGAUCAAACCGAUUGAUAAGAAGGCACAUGAUUUUGUCUUCUAUGCGCCGAGGCUUCGAAUCAAUAAGCGUAUUCUCGCGCUUUGUAUGGGCAACCAUGAGUUGUACAUGCGGCGAAGAAAGCCUGAUACCAUCGAGGUUCAACAAAUGAAGCAGCAGGCGCGCGAAGAACGCGCUCUCAAGAUUGCCGAGCAGGAGAAGCUCAACCGCGAGAUUGGAGCUCGCGAAGAGGCUGAAGCCCGUCAGCGCGAAGCUGAACAGCGUAUGCAGAAAAUGGUUGCUGAUAUGGAACGCGCUAGGAGGGAGCUCGAAGAUGCUCAGCAUACUAUUCAGAAUCUGGAGGCUCAGCUCAAACAGCUUCAGAUCGCCAAACAAGCGCUCGAGAAUAAGGAGAUGGAACUCCGCGAGCUUACUGCUCAAUUGCAAAGUGAGAAGGCAAUGUCUGACGAGGAGCGACACCGCCUUCGCGAGCAAGUCGAUGCUCGUGAGCGUGAGGUGUUCACAAUGAGACAAGAAGUUGAAAGACAAACCACCGUCACUCGCCACCUUCAAACUCAGGUCGACACUUCGCGCAACCACAGCAAUCACGUCCAAAGUCACACCAGAGAUGAAGCUGCAACUGAUGACGAAGAUAAUGGAACUACUGAAUUGACCAACGAUGCUGAUCAGAACGUGCCACAACGCGAACUCGAUCGAGUCACUGCUGCCGAGAAGAAUGUUCACAUCAAGAACAAACUUGACAUGCUCACCAGAGAGCUUGACAGUGUCAAGGAUCAGGCGGCUGUUACGGAUUAUGAUGUUCUGCAUAUGGAGAAUAAGAAGGCUGGACGCGACAAGUACAAGACUUUGCGACAAAUUCGCGGCGGUAACACAAAACGAAGAAUUGACCAGUAUGAGAACAUAUGUAUCAACUCGUUUAAGAAAAACUCACAUUACGAUACACUUGGCGUCAAGCAGACAGCUAGUCUUGAUGAGAUCAAAUCGGCAUUUUAUGAGAAAUCGAAAAAACUUCAUCCUGACAACAAUAAAUCCGACGAAGGAUCUAGUAAUAAAUUUGUUGAAUUAAAAACCGCUUAUGAUGUGCUGAGACGACCUGCUGAUCGUAGAUUGUACGAUAUAAGUCUUCGAGGUGGUAGACCGAAUCGUGGAGAUUUUAGACAUCCUUACGCCGGAUUCAGACCUCCUCCGCAAUAUGACCAUGGACGGGAUUGGUCGUCAUUCUGGAGUCAGAAUCCCGGAGAUCGUAGUCGCGAGGAUUUCGAGGCAAUGCAAAAACGAUCUGCUGAUUUCUUCAAGACAAUGUUUAAAUGGACCGCGUAUGGCGUCAUUUUUGUCAUUUUGUAUAACGGAGGAUACUUAUAUAUGAUGAGCUGGAAUCAAAAACAAUUGGACAAGUUGUGCGAUGAAGACGAGAUUGCAAAGUGUUUUCUGCGGCAGAAAGAGUUUCGAAAUGCCGAUUACGAUUCGGCCGAAAUUGCGGAGCUCGGACGAGUUCUCAAAGCAGACAUCGAUGAAAUUUGGAAGCAAAAAUGCGACGAGAAACGGAAUCCAGAUGAAAUUCGUGAGGAGUACAGAUGGUUUCGCGCCGUUCAGGAUCCUGACCAUAUUCGCCAAUUGAAAGAGAAACGACUGGCACGGAAAAAAGAGGAACGUGAGAGAUGGCGAAACGAUACCGAAUAA